CCGGUCUCCGACGGCCAGAUAACGCCCCCAUUCAGUCUGUUUCUUUUCGCGACGUAGUUGCUCCUAGCUCGUCUUCGAACGCGCCACUGCCGGGCCGGUCCCGUACUGCGUCUGUUGAUCUAGAACCAGACGACGACGGUUGGAUUCAAGUGAGGAAUCGUCGUCACCAGCGCCGUUAUGUGGCCGCAUCCCCGGUCGUGAGGCGGCCAGCUGGUCCCAAACCUCGGAUUCCUCGGUGGUUGUUUGGUAGGUGUUUUAAGUGCCUGGAGUCGGGCCACCUCAAAUCUAAAUGCUCCGGUGAGAUAAGAUGCCACAGCUGUUGGCUCACGGGCCACAUAGCUAGAAGCUGCCACUCCUCUCCAGAUUCGUCACACCCUCCACCCCUGCAGCCCAGAUCUGAGCCCGACCCCUCUGCUCGCUCCUCCGCCGACUGGUCUAAGCAGGAGAGCUCCCCCCGUCGCCCGCCGCCGCCUUGUGACAUGGCCAACUAACCUCCUCUGGCCCAGUCCCGCUUCUCUGGCGAGAUGUGCAUCCGUGGGGAUCCAGACCUGCGACCUGAGCGGGGUGGAGGUAUCAUCUCCCGCACCACGGGGAUGGAUGAGCUUGAAGCAGAUUUCAGAAAUCACACACUGCUUGCCACGGUGCUGGGCAGGAGGCCAGCCAUGUCUGCGGAAGCCAUGGUCCAAUCUCUGGCUCGACUCUGCGGGGUUGAGAGGCGACAUGUCCGGGUGGAAGUGACGCACCCGGUAGAUUUCUUCAUCACAUUCGCCUCCACUGUGGAUUGUGAGAGGGUGCUCACCAGCUCGGGGCAGUUUCGGUGCGCCGGAGCGUCCGUCGCUUUUCGGCGCUGGCAUCGGAGUUCCCAGGCAAGCAGCGGCAAACUCGAGUUCUUCUGCAAGAUUGGUAUUGAGGGGCUGCCGGCGAACGCUCAGCCAGCUCAUCAAUAACCUAGGUGGCCAGCUGGUGGAAAUCCUCCCUCCUGACGAUCGUUGGCAGAUGGAUGUCACCGCUUGGAUGCGCAAUCCAUCUAGCAUCCCCAAGAUGUACGAUUUCGAGGUACCUGAGCCCGCGGGGUUGCCGAACUCCUUCAACCAGGAAUACACACUUUCCCCGCCACCACCAGCGCCACCGACAGAGAGGCUCACCCUUGUCCACCCGCUCAUGAUUCACGUCCUGGAUGUGGUGGAUCGCACGGUGGCGUUCAUGGAAUUACGCCCAAACUUUGAACCGGAAAAUGACGAGGAUCUCACCAGGCGACAUGACCUCUCGCGCUUCUGCUUCAGGGGGUGAGUUGAUGGCUCUGGGAUGGGCUCGACUCUCCAUUUGGGCGGGCACCCUUUCGGCGGCCCUGGUGGUCUUGGGAUUGCUGGAGAUUGGGGCGGACGCAGGAUCAAGGGGCUGCUAGCGCCUGCUGGUGGUGUGGCUGCCCCGUUCGUACAGUCCAGACCAAUUGAUGCUCAGGCCAUGCAUGACGCGCCAGCUCGAUGGGUCGCUAUGGGCAUGAUGGCCUCACGAGGGGAUACGGUCGUGGGCCCUGUGGACGGUGUGCUCACGGAGGCUGCGCAGGGGCCUCUCAGCGAUGCAUCUUCAGCAAUGGGCUUGGCAGCUCACACGCCCACAGUGGAUGCACGACAUCAACACGGCAGGGAUACCGCUUCAGCGGGUGGCACACAUUGUCGCUCGGGUUGUGCCACUACGGCAGUGGGCUCAGCGGCCGGUGUUGCCACGCCGGUCCUGCCAUGGUCGGUGGCCUCUAUGGCUGUGGGCUCGACAGCUUGUGUCGCGACGCCUCCAUCAGGACGAGUCACGCUAUGCCAAGUGGUGUCGCCGCGCCAGCUCUCCUUCGCAUCGGAGGCAUGUACACAGGGCGGGGUGGAGGACGGCAAUCUGGUGUGUGCGUCCUCGCAUGGCACGCCUCCUCGCCAGCUGCUGGUAUGCCCUGUGCCAGUCGAGAUAGCAAAGGAGGCGCCUCCCUCAGCUGAUGGUGUUAUGGAGAUGCUGCAAACUAUGUCGGAUGUUGAGUCCCUGCACCUCAAGGCACUGAAGUUGCCACAACAGUCUAGACAGUCAAGGUCCUCUUGCUCGAGCCCGGUGCGCACGCCUUUUGCAACCCCGUUGAGCCCGAGCAAGCUGCUUCCACCCCUGGCACAUGAAGCUAAUUUGGACAUGGUGCUUGGUCCAAAAACGGCUGUAGACACGCUACUUGAGGGGAUUGGUGCCACCCCCGUACCAUCCAUCAUGGGGCCGAGGCCGGCUGCAUCGGCUCUGGUGCGACGCAAAAAGACUCUACCACCGAACUUCACCCCUCGCAGGAGUGCGCGGCUAAAUAAAGAUGACGAUGGCUUGAACAAGGGGCCUUACCACCGUGCCCAAACUAUGUUGCUUCGUCGCAUGGGUUUAAUUGAAGCUGAGGAACAGAUGACACAGAAAGCGAUGGAUGAAUACUUGAAGCUGUUCGACAAGCCGUUGGCUCCACACCAUAUCAAGGCAAUUACUGCUCUUUUCGCCCCGGAUGAAGUGGACUUUGAUGAACCUGCUCAUGAGGGCUUUAGUGCUUUCUCCCUCCCUGCGGCUGUCGAACUGUGUGGUGUGUAGUGUCAUGUACUGCUCUUGGGGUUCUUCAGAGGUAGUAUAAUGGCUAUGUUAGAGUGUGUGUUAGUUUGAAAUGUUAGGGGGCUCAACAACCCAGCUAGGCGGAGCUCAAUCUGUUUGUUCCUGCAAUCAUAUAAUAUUUCCCUUGCUUGUGUU